CCGUUGAUUACAGACACGUCGAAGCGGCGGCAACAAAUGUUAUUCCGCGUCGAGCGUUCAGAGCGUUUAUCACAAGUGUAGUGUUGUAGCGGUAGUAGAAGCAUUCAAAAAUUAACGAGAAUUUCGAUUUGCCAAAAGGCAAAGGAAACUGCGUGAGAGUAAUAAAAAAAACGGAAUAAUAGAAGAUAUUCACGUAAAAAAAAUAUCAUAAAUAAUAAACAUAAUUUUUGAUUUGAUUGAUUUACGCUGGCGUAGGCUGGGUUAAGUAGACAAAUCACCUGGGUGUCUCCAGUAGCAGAGUGUCUUCGCGAGUGCAUUAGAUAUUUGAAAAUUACGUAGCGCGCCAAAAGAUUUGAAUUAUUGCAAAUAAUCAGAGGAGACUGAACGUGUGCGCGUUGCGCUUGUGGUAGUUAGUGUGUGUGUCGGUGUGCUUGCGUUGACAUAGAAAAUAAAAACAAAUAAAAAACCUGAACCACUCACUAUCGUAGGCUGCCCAAAAGUCGAAGGCAACAGCAAAUAAGUAUAAACGAAAACUCGAAAGCUCAGGAAGUAAUUCCCUCGCAUAUUUCUUUCGCCAGCACCAUUAAAACUACACAACUGUCGUCGUCACCGCCACCAUCACCGCCGCCGUCACCUCAAACGGCGGCCACGCAACCUGUCAAAAUGCAGCGUCGCAUGUCGAUAACGAUACGCGAGUAUAAAUUCUUUCGCAGCUUUUCGCAAAAAUUCGAAAAUUGGCCGAAACGAAAAGCGGAGGCUCUAUGGCGCAAAAUGCGCGAACGUAAGAUUGCAGAGAUCGAGGCCGUUGAAGCGUGUAAAUGGCUGCGUGCUGCCGGCUUUCCGCAAUAUGCGCAAAUGUAUGAAGAUCAUCAUUUCCCCCUUGACCUGACCAACGUGGCCAAGGAUCACACCAACCUAGAGAAUGAUCAGCUGCAGUCAUUGUACCGACGUCUCUGCAUUUUAAAUCGCUGUGCCAAUAUGCGCCUCGAUCAGUCACAUAAGGCGCAAACGCCGCAGGUUUGUCAACUUUCCCUCUCUAAAUUACCCCUUAAAGUACAACACAUCAUCAACUCAUUCACGUACGAUUCAUCCCAGCAGAAGGAGGAUUCCGAUGAUGAAAACUGCGCGCUCAGCGAGAAUUGGACAUUCCAACCGCAUAUACGUCGUUGGUCGCGCAUCGGCGAAAUGGGUCUUGAGUUGCCACCCGCUGGCAAGUUGAAUAUCGAGAAGACGGAAAGCUCAUCCAAAGAAUCCAGUCCCGAUCGUUUUGAAGAUGACAGCUACGAUAUAUCUGGUGGUGGUCUCUCCCUAACGCUACCCGGUAAUUCUACUGACCCCACCGUCAAUGAAUCAGCCGAUUCGGCAGCGGUGCGUUUACGUCGCACUGGCAGUGAACGUUUCAAGGAUGGUGCUAAGGCUUUCCUGCGCCGCGUGGAGUCGAUAAAGUCACGUCGACGAAAACGUCAAAAUCGCGAAGGUAUUGUUAUAAGUGGACCGCAAGCAUUAGACUUAUCACAGCUAGGCCAACGUGGCAGCAUGCGCAAGCCAGAUGCCGUGUAUUCCACACCACCAUCGCCAUCAGCGGUUAGCCCAAUGCACACAUUCCCGAAGGCUCCUAUGUUUGGCAAUGAACUCAAAGUACCAUCACAAAGUGAAACUUUCCUUAGUCUGAAUCGUGCGAGUCCAAAGCGUACACCAACAACACCACGUUCAAUGCGCACCAGUCCACUGCAUUUCUUUUCAAAUCCGAUGCCUCAUUUGAAGGAGGGCAAGUCGGAUGAUUCCUCCUCAUAUUACAGUGACAGCCAGGAGUCGUCGGCGGGUGGAAAAUUGUCGCUGCGCAAGACACCAUCCAAAACGCGUAGAUUCUUACAGCGCACUGGUAAGGUAGAUGAUAUUGGCACACACUCGGACUCGGAAUGCCAUCACGGCAGAAAAUUGCUGAUUAAGGAUGCGAAUUCGAACACAACUGAGAUCAAGGUGAAAAAGCUGACACGAGGUGGCUCUCUUAACCUAGGCAAGGACCCGAAGAAGCGCGAUGGCUUCCGCUCGUCAAGUUUCCGUUCACGUUCCAGCUCCCGCAAAGAGACAAAACCUGAUGAAUCGGACAAUGUUAAACGUAGCACACCAGUCGUGAGAUGGCAUAGCUUUCAGAUGGAGGAGCGUCCGCACAUGAUAUUCCGAAAAUGCUUCUCACAAAAGAUCGAUCCCAAUAUGAAUGACCAUGGCAUUCCAUUUGCCGCCAUGUCAGCGGGGCAGCUGCACAUUCUGCGCAAGCUGGCGUUGGUCAUACUCACUGGGUAUAUGGAGCGUUAUUGCCCGACACAUCGUUCCGGCUGGAAUUGGGAACUGCCCAAGUUUAUUAAGAAAAUCAAAAUGCCGGACUACAAAGACAAGAAAGUGUUUGGAGUGCCACUACUGCUGGUGCUGCAACGCACCGGACAGACGCUGCCUCUUCCGAUACGUGCCGCCUUCCGAUGGCUGCAAGUGCGUGCGCUCGAUCAAAUCGGUCUGUUUCGAAAGAGUGGCGUGAAGUCUCGCAUUAUGAAGCUGAAAACAGAGGUUGAGCACCUAGAUUCCACAACGCUUUGCAUGGAAGUUUAUGAUACGCAGCAGGCCUACGAUGUGGCUGACAUGUUGAAGCAGUAUUUCCGUGACCUGCCCGAAUCGCUACUCACGACAAAGAUGUCCGAAACGUUUGCGGCGAUCUUCCAGCAUCUGCCCAGGGAUGUACGUUUGGAGGCGGUGCAGUGCUCAGUACUUCUGCUACCUGACGAAAAUCGUGAAAUACUUUAUGCGUUGCUGGAGUUCCUGACGCUGGUGGCAGCCAAUUCGGAGCAAAAUCAGAUGACCGCUAACAAUUUGGCUGUGUGCUUAGCGCCAUCGCUCUUCCAUAGCAGCAUUUCCACGGGUGCUGCUUCUGUAUCAGCCUCGCCCAGACGUCGCAAGGGUGCUGGAGUGCCCGACGACAAGGAGCUGCAAGAAGCAAAAGCAUCUCACGAGUGUUUGGCUUUUAUGAUUGAGAAUUACAAACGGAUAUUUACGGCGAAUAAAGAGAAGAUCAGCAAAUGUAAUUUUGGUUAUAUGGAAGAGUCGAAGCCGGUGCCACUGGAGGCACUUGGCGAAGGCAUGCAAUUUCACAACUGGCGCGGUUACUUGUACGAGUGCACGAGUGCGACCAUCAAGGAGGGCAGAGAGAAAACACGUGGCUGGUUCACAAUCUCUUCGCAAAACGACUGUAAUGUAGACAUUGCAUACAAAAAGGUCGGUGACGGUCAUCCGCUGCGUUUGUGGCGCUGCACCACUGAAGUCGAAGGACCACCGAAAGAGGUGCUGGACUACAUCAUCAAGCAGCGCGCCUCUUGGGACACAAACUUGCUUGAGAGCCAAACAGUUAAGAAGCUGGAUGAACGCACUGAAAUAUUCCAAUAUGCCAUUGACGGGCAAUUGACCACCGAUUUUUGUGUGCUACGUUCAUGGCAAACAGACCUGCCACGCGGCGCUUGUGUCAUUGUGGAGACUUCCAUUGAUCAUGCCAAGGCUAAGCCGAUGUAUGGCGCCAUAAGAGGUGUAGUGUUGGCUUCCCGAUACCUUAUCGAACCUUGCGGUAGUGGGCGUUCGCGUGUUAUGCAUUUGGCGCGGGUGGAUGUGAAGGGACGCACACCGGAAUGGUACAACAAGAGUUAUGGGCAUAUUUGCUCGCAUUAUUUAUCCAAAAUACGCUUGGCAUUCAAACAUGUCGCCGAGGGACCGGAAAGUAAGGUGUAAAUGGAGCCAUAUCGUAUAGCAAAUGGAGCGAAAUAAAAAUAAACAAAAAUACGAAACCCGAAACACGUUAAAGACAUCACAAAACUAAAGAAAACCAGAGUACUGAUUUUUCAACCUUUUUAUCAAACUUCGAAUGUCGCAAAUCCUGUAGGCAUUUACUUUUUACGAGUUAGAAAAAGAAACGAAACACAAAAAGCAAAAUACUGAAACGAGAUAAUUAACACAAGAAAAAAGAAACAAACAAACAAAAAAAAAGAAAAACAAAAGGUUUCAAAGCAACUUAAAAAGUUCGAAAACGCGCAUUUUUGUUGCUACAAUAUUUUUAAAUAUUCAAAUGAUGUACAUACAAAAAAAAAAAUGUUGGAGCUCAAAAUUACUAUAUAUUUUUUCGAAGACGACCAAAACGCUUUUAAAUGAUAUUCUUUUAAAUGAGUACUAAAAAAUGAUUAUAAUUGGAAGCGGCGCAGGAUGAGCAGGAUGGGCAGGAUGAGCAUAGAAAAGUACUCAUUACUCGUUUGCGCUCUACGCCAUUUCGAAUUGAAUAUGUGAAUCCUGUUAAAUCAAUGAACGGGAGAAGGUCAGGAAUUUUCAUAUCAAUGGAAGGACAGAGAGGAAGUGUAUCAACAACAGAAUUGUCGAUCUUUGAGAAGCGCCACUCCAAAUUCCUUACUCCAAAUUUGCAACAAGUAAAAAAAAUUAUAUUUUUAAAUAAUAAGAAAAGCAGAUCAAAGUAAUUAUAUAUAUAUUUUUUGUAUAUACAUACAUAUAUUUAUACAUAUUAAGGAAAAUGUUACAAUUUUUCCAAAUUGACAGUAUGCAAUAUUUUUUCGUAGCCUUAGCAGAUAAUUGCAAUAAGCAUUAAAACAUUGUAAAUAGUAAACAAAUAAUUUAAAUGCCUUUGGGUCGACUUAGCACGUAAGGCAACUAGUUUGUAUUGUAUUAUAUAUUUCAAACACACACACACACACACACACUCAAAAGAAAAUGUAAAACAUGGCCAACAGAUAAUGGAAAUGUAUGUUAACCGCCUAACACAAGAUAAUACUCAAAACUGAAGCAUCACAAAAGUUUAUUUUUUACCGAACCCAUAUAUUUCCCCCCCUAAAAAUCUAGAAAAAAACUAUGUAACUAAAAUAACACUCGGAGUUGCGCACGCUAUAUAUUUUCGAACUUCGAGCACCAAAAAUACGCUGUUAUACUAAACUCAACUAAACCAUGAAAAUUUAUGAUAAAAAAAAAUUGUUAGUUAUAAUGUAUGUUUGUAUGUGUAGGUGAAAACUUCAGUGGAAAGCAAAAGUAAAAGAAAAAUCAGUGAAAAUUGAAAUUAAAAAUUAAAAACAAAAACUACUACUAGGACAACACUUGCACUACUCGUGGCAUGCGAAUUGAGACAAA